UCCGCCUACUAACCCAGCGAGCAGGGUGUAAAUCGCUGUUUGGAUUUCCACACACUGAAACACUUGUGGCUGUGACUGCGGGCCGAACUGACGCCGCUCCGAGAGUCUUUGUUCUCUUCAAAUCACUCUGUAACCAAUUUCCAAAUGAGUGACGGUGAGUGUGACUUCUUCUGCUUCUUCCGCUGCUGCUGAGCGCGCUCUUUACGGGCCUCAGGCCGACAGGAAAAGCCAGGGUGCCUUUUGAACAGCGACACGACCAGGCGGGACGGUCAGUGGCAAGGGCAGGUGGAAGUGGAGCUUCGUACGAGCCAUUUCAGCCGAUCGGACCGCUGGGAUCCGACAGGUAGGCGGGCCGUCUACCUGUGCGGGUGGUUGAUUCAAUCGACUGGAUGUCUGUGGACAUGAACAGCCAGGCGUCGGACAGCAACGAGGAAGACUUCGGGGUAAACUCUGAAGAAGAGGAGGAUGAGGACGACGACGGAGGAGAAGAGGACGACCAGGGCGACAUCGCAGGGUACUAUGAGGGCGUGGCCAGCGAUGUGGAGCAACAGGGCGCCGACUCCUUCGAUCCGGAGGAGUACCAGUUCACCUGUCUGACCUACAAAGAGAGUCAGAGGGUGCUGAUAGAGGAGGUGAACACUGUGGCUGCUGCACUGAAGGUUUUACCAGCAGUAGCAAAAUUGAUCCUGGUGCAUCUUCACUGGCAGGUUACACAAAUACUGGACAGAUAUAAGUCCAACUCAUCUCUGCUGUUGUCAGAUGCGCUGGUUCAGCCCAGCAGCACAUGCAGAUCAGUCACUGCCCCUCAGUCCCUCCAGUGUGGUGUGUGUCUACAGGUCGUAAGGAGGGAUUCCCUGCUGGCACUUCCCUGCCAGCACUCCUUCUGCAAAGGAUGCUGGGAGCAGCACUGCACUGUACUGGUCAAAGAUGGCCUGGGAGUGGGUAUCUCGUGUAUGGCUCAGGACUGUUCCCUGCAAAUGCCAGAAGAUUUUGUCCUGCCACUGCUGCCAGGAGAGGAGCUGAAGGACAAAUACAGACGCUACCUCUUCAGAGACUAUGUCGAGAGUCACUUCCAAUUGCAGUUGUGUCCGGGUGCAGACUGUCCCAUCGUCAUCAAGGUGCAGGAGCCGCGGGCUCGCAGGGUGCAGUGUAGCCGCUGCAGUGAAGUCUUCUGUUUUAAAUGCCGUCAGAUGUACCAUGCACCCACAGACUGUGCAACAAUCCGGAAAUGGCUGACCAAAUGUGCCGACGAUUCAGAGACGGCUAACUACAUCAGCGCACACACUAAAGAUUGUCCUAAGUGCAAUAUCUGCAUUGAGAAGAACGGAGGAUGCAAUCACAUGCAAUGCUCCAAGUGUAAACACGACUUCUGCUGGAUGUGUCUUGGUGACUGGAAGACUCAUGGCAGUGAAUACUAUGAGUGCAGUCGAUACAAAGAAAACCCUGAUAUAGUGAACCAGAGCCAACAGGCUCAGGCCAGAGAGGCCCUCAAGAAAUACCUCUUCUACUUUGAGAGGUGGGAGAAUCAUAACAAGUCUCUGCAGUUGGAGGCUCAGACGUACCAGAGGAUCCAGGAGAAGAUCCAGGAGAGAGUGAUGAACAACCUGGGAACCUGGAUCGACUGGCAGUACCUUCACAAUGCUGCAAAGCUACUGGCUAAGUGUCGCUACACACUGCAGUAUACAUACCCCUACGCCUAUUACAUGGAGUCCGGCCCACGCAAGAAACUGUUUGAGUACCAGCAGGCCCAGCUGGAGGCAGAGAUAGAAAACCUGUCGUGGAAGGUGGAGCGUGCGGACACCUAUGAAAGAGGAGUGGUGGGAGCCGAGGGGGAGCUCAGUGCCAGUGACAGAGGGGAUCUGGAGAAUCAGAUGCACAUUGCUGAGCAAAGGCGACGCACGCUGCUGAAGGAUUUCCACGACACCUGAAGCUCCAAUCGCGACUGCAAAGCACCAGCAUCUCCUUUCUUCCUUGUCUCCCACUUUUGCUUCCUUCCAUGACCAUCCCUCGGUGCAGUCACCCUGACCUCUCCUUACGCUUCUCUACACUCGCUCAUCAGCUUCUUUCUUUCUGUCUCUCCCUCAUCUCACUCCUAUAAUGCUGCAGGGUCACAGAAUGGCACGAUUGUAUCUCCCCUCCCUCAUCCUCAUUUACAUGUUUUGGCUUCAGAGCAUCACAUUCACCAUGGUUACACUUGUCGCAGCGUUUCAGAUCUGAUCGUGAAGGUCAAUUUUUUUGAUGUCUCAUUUGUCUGAAAAUAGUGGGUAUGCCCAUUACUCACAUGAGGAGCAGAAGGCAACCUGUAGCCUGUUAAAUGUCAGAGCUGUUACGGGGACCAGGAAUAGUUUUCUUUUAAAGGACCAGUGUGCAGGAUUUAGUGGCAUCUAGUGGUGAGGUUGCAGAUUGCAACCAACUCAACCCUCUCCUCCCCUCCACGUCAAGUGUGUAGGGAAUCUAUGGUGGCUGUGAAACAGGCGAAAAAUUAUGAAAUGCCCUCUAUACAGGGUUGGUUUGUCCAUUGAGGGCUACUGUAGAAACAUGGUGGGCUCCGUGGAAAAGGACUCCCUCCCUAUGUAGAUAGAAAGGGCUAAUUCUAAGGUAACAAAAACACAACCAUUUUCCGAUGACUAUAUACUAAUUAAAACAUACUUAUGAAUAUUAUAUUCCAUUUCUCACAAGUCAGUCCCGCUAGAUGCCACUAAAUUCUGCACACUGCACCUUAAAGGAGAUGGUGCUGAUGAUGAGUUUGGUGGUUUUAUGAGACCAUACCACCUAGCAGCCACUUGCUGGCAGUAUUAGCUGUAUCACUUCCUGAAUUGGCCUGAACACACACAAAGUUGAAAUUCAUAAUUUUCUACACCUUAAUUUUCAGUUCUUUCCUCGGCUGCAGUAGGUUGAUGUAAACCAAUGAAUAAAACGUUUCACUACGACAAAUAUGAUGGGAGUAAUUCUUGAAAGUUGUACGGAAACAGAUGUUUGUUUACAUCAGCUAUUGCAAAACCUAUAAGUGUGCCGGCUAGUAGGGUGUGAUACAUCUGGGUGAAACAUGUCAUUGCCACUGUUCUGGCUCUGUUUUUAACAAACUGUAUCAACCAGGACAUGUGCAAUGAACAAUUAAAUGGCAGAGUAUGAAGACUUUUAUUGUAAAAGUGCUUUUUUUUUUCCUGAUAUUCUGCCUGGUAUAUGAAUAUGGUGUGUUUACUGUGAAAAAAUGGUGGCCCCACAUACUCCCUAAAUUACUUGAAAAACAAACGAAAUAUAGUAUUUUCCUAUGUAUGAUGCAUGUUCAUUUACAGAAGAACCUAAAGAAUAAGAUGAGUGUGUGUAUAAAUGACUGAUUUUGUUGCCAGUGUUUCACAGUACACACACCUUCCCCUCCUGUGUUUGUGUUGGUGCCAAACCUGCUCCGACCAGAACUGCCAGCAAACCGUUGCGAGUGAUCGUGAUCAAAGUAAAACUGCUGAAUUAUUCAGUUCCAUUCUUGUGUCUUUUUAUUCUCAUUAUACUGGUAUUGUUGCUUGAUUGUGUUCAGCUAAUGUAAAUCCAAACCGGUGUGCGCCUGACCUCUGUCACGACAGGGUGAGCAAAACCUGUUUACCCCCACGGAUCAGAUGAUAGUUGUUUUUGAAGCAGCAAGUGUAAUCUCAUCCACUCACUCAUGCACACUACAACACCACCCACUGACAUAGCAUGCGUACACACACACAUUCACACACUCAUGCUCAAACACUCCGCAGCAGAAGAUAAACAUUAACUGUUAAUUUGUCCCCCCCAUCUCGUGCUCUUCUGUCUUACUUUACAUUCAUCCCCUCACUUUAUUUCUCUCGUUUUGUUUUUUUUCUUUUCCCCCGCUCACAUUGUUCACGUUUCUUCUGGAAAAUGGCUGUUGAUAGAUAGAUCGUUUAAAAAAAAAAAAAAGAAAAGAAAAAAACUACCAAAAAAAAUUGCUGUAAUUUUCAACGGUUGUACAUUAAUACAGAAAUAGAGUUACUGAGAGUUUUUCAAACCGGA